AGAAAAAAGAGCAAUGGCCAAAUGGGCGUCGUCUUCCGCGUGCGCGCGGCUGACCUUCGUAGGUCUACAGAUGAGGUCGAUCUCUUUCCCUUCGCCGUCGAGAAAGAUGGAUAGUUCCACAGGAUCAUCCCUAUAUAUAUAUUUAUGAAGGGAGAUGAGAGGAUGGGUUCUCCGAGUGGUCUCGAGGAUGGAAACCUUGGCGAGGGAGGGGAAGGAACCAGCGGGGUCGGCCUCUCCUCUCUGAUCUUUCUCGGGACCGGUUGCUCUAACACGGUCCCCAACGCCAGGUGCUUGAUCCAGCCUUCUGAUCCUCCUUGUGCCGUCUGCACCCAGUCCCUCUAUGUGCCCCCCGAGAAGAAUCCUAACUACAGGUGCAACACUUCUCUUUUGAUUGAUUAUUGUCAAGAUGAUGGUGUACACAGAUAUAUUAUUAUUGAUGUUGGAAAGACCUUCAGGGAACAAGUUUUGCGGUGGUUUACUCACCACAAAAUUCCUCAAGUAGAUUCUAUUAUUCUAACUCAUGAACAUGCAGAUGCAAUUUUUGGUCUUGAUGAUGUUCGGAUUGUACAAUCAUUUAUUCCAUUUAGUCCUCCAAAUGAUAUUGAUCCAACACCUAUUUAUGCUACAAAAUUUACAAUGGACAGCAUUGCUAUAAAAUUUCCAUAUUUAAUGAAUAAAAUGUGGAAAGAAGGUCAAGAGGUGACGCCAAUUGCUCAGCUUGACUGGAAAGUAAUUGAAAGUGACCCUGAUAAAACAUUUAUGGCAUCAGGCCUAGAGUUUGUUCCUUUGCCAGUAUUGCAUGGUGAGGACUAUGUUUCUUUAGGUUUCCUUUUUGGGCAACAGUCAAGAGUUGCAUAUAUAUCUGAUGUUUCACGUUUCCCUGAUAGCACUGAGAAUCUUAUUUCUAAAUCUGGAGGACAGCUGGAUCUUCUGAUCAUAGACACUAAUUCACUACACAAGGUAUCGUCUCGUAGUACACAUCUUUGCUUCUCUGAGUCUCUUGAUGCUGUGAAGAGAAUUUGCCCCAAGCAGGCUCUGCUAAUUGGAAUGACACAUGACUAUGAUCAUCACAAGCUUAACGUGUUACUUGCAGAAUGGUCUAUGCGAGAAGGAAUCCCAGUGCAGCUUGCUUAUGAUGGUUUACAAUUGUUCAUUGAUUUGUAAUUAGGUACGAUCCCUGAAUCAUGGAAUCUUUUCUCUUAAACAAUGGUGCAUGUUUAUUUGUCAGGCUUAGCACUAUUUUUACUUUGAGGAUGCAACAUCUCCAAAUGCUGAACCUGCUACUUGCUUGCUCUUUUAAUGAACUGUGGUACAGAAAUG